AUGACUAUUUCAAAGUUAGAUUUGUUUUCAUCUUAUUUCUACUUUAAUAUAAGAGGUUCAUCUAAUAGCAAAGGCACACUCUUUGGGUCUAUUUUAUCUCUACUAAUUAUAACCAUUACAAUUUCAUAUUUAUGCUACCUUUUUUAGCAGUAUUUUACUAACUAAAUAGAGCCUAAUUACAGAUCUUAAAGCUUUACAAAUAGUGAUUCAAUAAGUAUGGAUUUAACUGAAGAUCUUAUAGCAUUUAGGUAUGAAUCUGAGUUCAAUCUAAGUGUAGAUGUUUUGGAAGCUUAAUAGAAUAAGACUUACAUAGUUUAUUUAGCUUAAUUUAUUUAUAUGAAUCAAGGCCAAUAAAAUAUUAUUACUUUAAAUGUGGUAUAAUGUACAAGCCCUGAAUUAGAAGGAUAUUACUGCUUAGAUUAUUCACCAAUAAAGACGAGCCCAUCCUUUAUAUCUGAUAACAUUAACAAAAUUUUAACUUAAGUAUAUAUUUUUCUUUAUGGAUGUCUUGACUUAGAUUCUCAAAAAACAACUAUUCCAGAUAACUGCGCUAGCUAAUCAGAUAUUGAUAAUUUAAUGAAUUCUAUGUAUUCUGCAUUAAAAAUCUCAAUAAAAACUUCACAGUAUAAUACUAAAUCUUAGAGAUUAGAGUCAUCCUACAGAAACUCUCUUCUGUUUACCUUAUCAAAUCAAUUCAUCUAAUCGAUUUUAAAGGUACAAAAGCAAACAACUACUGUCAAAUAAGGCUUAUUGAUUUAAUCUUCAACUAAUUUUACUUCUCCUCUAUAGUAUACAUCAGAAACUCAAUCACUAGAUAGGUAGUCUACAAUUCAACUAUCUAAUUUAGCUUGUUAUGCUUAAGGAACCAUACAAGUAGAUGAGUUGUAUUAAGAAAUUUAUAUACAGUAUCCUACAAUUCCGACCAUUCUAUCUCUUGCAAAUAGUAUAUUUUAAGUAUUAAUGUUAUUAGGAUUUGUAGCGAGAAGAUUUUCUAUGAGCUCUAUUAACAAAGAAUUGUUUGUAAUUUUACUAUAAAGUAUAUACUAAGAUACUUACUUUAGAUUAUUAAAAUCAAAUAAUUUAAUAGAUAAUUGCUAAGAAGAAUAGAAAUAAUUACAAAUUAAUAAUAAUCAAUUAUGUUAAAAUUAAACAGAUGAAUCUGAAAUAAAAAAUAUUGAUGAAAAAAAUAAUGAUGAAACUUAGGAAAAAUAGAACAACAUGAACCGUUCUAUCUUUUUAAGGUCAGUUAAAACGUUGGACAUGUAACAUUCAAUCAAUAAAAAAGUUAAGGCUGAUUAAAAUUUUAAGUAAGAUAAUAAAUAUUCUGAACCCCCAAAGUUACACUAAAUCUUCAAAAAAAUUCAAUAAUAAUAAAAUUAUAAUUUAUCAAAUGAUGAAGAUAGCAUGAAUAAAUCAAAUAGUUAUUUUUAGAACUCGCCAAUUAGAAUUAAAAAUGAAAAAAAUGUUAACAACAGCAGUUUUUUUUAUGAUCAUAAUUAAAUUUAAAACUCAACAAUUUUGUAACAAUUUCAAGAUUCAAAUCAAACAUCUCAAAGCGUAGUUAAACUGAAAAACCAUAACAUUACAUAAGAUAAUAUAACAUUAACAUUUAAUAAAUGUUUAUCGUUUUAAAUGAAGUUAUGUCAAAGACAAAAAUCUGAGAAUGACCCAAAGACUUUAAAUGAUAAUUAAAAAAAGAAAAUUUAAAAUAUUGUCGAAAAAGAUUUUGAUAUCUUUUAAUUUUAUAAAGAUAUUUUAUUUUUGAAAAAAGCAGUAAUGAUUUUACUUGAUGAAGACUAAUUAGCUGCUUUACAACAAGUAGGAUGCUCAGAUUAAUUUUUUGAGUUAGACUUAAAAGAAUUAGAAAAAGAUACAAAUAAUUUAGAUAACUUAUGUAACCAUUACGAAAAGUAAUAUGCUAUUUCCUUAUCAGAUGAACUAUAAAAUCUAUAUCUAAAAAAUUUCUAUGAAAAAUUCUAAAAUAAAAAAAAGCUAAAUAAUACUGAUAAAAAAAUUAUGUCCUCUAUUUAGACUAUUAUCAAGAUUUGA